AUGCGAGCGAUGAAAAUCGUUGGGUUUCAAGAGGACGAGAUUCAAGCAAUUUUACGAAUCGUUUCUGCUGUACUUCUGUUCGGAAACCUUCAAUUUUCCCAUGAGGGAAAGAACUCGGACCAAGCUGUGCUCCAGAAUGAUGGAGUUGCUCAUAAGAUAUGCACACUUUUGGGGCUAAACCUUGCUGAAGUUAUGAAAGCUUUUCUCAAACCAAAGAUAAAGGUGGGUCGUGAGUACGUUCAUCGAAGCCAAAACGAAGAGCAGGCAAGAUUUUCUGUUGGUGCUAUAUCAAAGGCAAGUUAUGAGCGAUUGUUCAGAUGGCUGGUUCAGCGCCUAAAUAGAUCUUUAGACCGAACACGCCAACAUGCUGUUUCCUUCGUGGGAAUUCUCGAUAUUGCAGGCUUCGAAAUUUUCGAGAUGAACUCUUUCGAGCAGCUCUGUAUCAACUACACCAACGAGAAACUACAGCAGUUGUUCAACAAUACGAUGUUCGAGAAGGAGCAGCAAGAGUACCUCAACGAGGGCCUCGAAUGGGAUAUGAUUGAUUUCGGUCUUAAUUUGAAGCCCACUAUCGAUCUUAUUGAAAAGCCCAUGGGUAUUCUAUCCACUCUCGAUGACAUUUGCCUUUUCCCACAAGGAAAUGAUGCCGGAUUUGUUGAAAGGCUUGCAGCUCAACAUCAUAAUCAUUCGAAAUAUCUUGUGCCAGAAAUGCGCUCCAAGAGUGACUUCGCUAUAGUGCAUUACGCUGGUCGAGUUGACUAUCAGGCACAAGGCUGGCGUGUCAAGAACAUGGAUCCUUUGAACGAAAACGUCGUUGAACUUCUACAGCUCAGCAAAGAUUCGCUUGUUUGUGAUAUAUGGAAAGAUGUGAGCGACAUGUGCUGCAUGGCAGCGACGGAAGUUGGAGAGGCAGGAGCUGUAUUCGGUGCACGUGUCAAAAAAGGAAUGUUCCGAACGGUGUCACAAAUGCAUAAAGAGCAGCUCACUCGUCUUAUGACAACACUAAACAAUACGAAUCCUCAUUUUGUUCGGUGCAUCAUUCCCAAUCAUGAGAAACGUCAUGGUGUUUUGAACGCUCACCUUGUCCUAGAUCAAUUAAGAUGCAAUGGAGUUCUCGAAGGAAUCAGGAUAUGUCGUCAAGGAUUUCCAAACAGGAUUACUUUCCAGGAAUUCCGUCAACGUUACGAAAGGCUACUUGCACCACAUGCAAUCCCUCAUGGUUUUAUGGAUGGGAAAGAAGCUGUUCGCCGAAUCCUUGAGGCAAUCGAUGUACAGCCAUCUCUGUACCGGAUAGGUCAAUCGAAAGUGUUCUUCCGUACGGGUGUCAUUGCUGGCCUUGAAGAAGAUCGUGAUGAGAAACUAGGAGUACUUGUUGUCCGCUUCCAGGCGCUUUGUCGGGGCAUGUUAGCUCGUUCCGACUUUCAAUCGGCGUCGAGAAAAAGCUGCUGCCAUUCGAGUAAUCCAGCGAAAUGGAUUGGCUUGGAUCCGACUUCGCGGAUGGCUUUGGUGGAGAUUGUUCACGAAGGUAGUUUGCUCCGAGCUGUGAAACCUUUGCUAGAAAUAACCAACAAAGAUAUGGUAAUCGCAGAGAAGGAGCAAGAGCUCAAGACUACUUCUGAGAAAUUGAGAAGAAGCGAAAUAUUCAUCAGUGAUAUGUAUCGCAAGAUCGAAAAGUUCGGUGAGGAGAAGUCUCGGCUACAGGAAAAGCUAGACAUAGAAAGUUUGGAGCGCGCAGAGGCGGAUGAAGAGCGACAACGUAUUGCAGCUCGAAAG